AAUGAACGAGGAGGAAACUGUCAGCUGCAUUGUGGUUCAACCAAUAGAAGCACAGCUCCAUCUUGGAUGUGCACUGGACUGCAUUACAAACAGACGAUACCAUCGCUUCAACAGCAGCCUUCAGACAAGAGAUUCAAAAGAACCAAUACAAGAAGUAUAAUCCCUAAGAAUGGCCUCUCUGAGCUCCAGCCUCUGGAAUGAAACCACUACAUCUGUUUAUCAGUAUCUUGGUUUUCAAGUUCAAAAAAUUUACCCUUUUCAUGAUAACUGGAACACUGCCUGCUUUGUCAUUCUGCUUUUAUUCAUAUUUACAGUGGUAUCUUUAGUGGUGUUGGCUUUUCUUUAUGAAGUGCUUGACUGUUGCUGCUGUGUAAAAAACAAGACUGUGAAAGACUUGAAAAGUGAACCAAACCCUCUUAGAAGUAUGAUGGACAACAUCAGAAAACGUGAAAUUGAAGUCGUCUAGCACUCUACCUAAGAUGAACAAAAUCUCUGCAAAUAGCCUUCAACUACUGAAGAAAAAAGGAAAAUUUUCUGAGGCCAACUGUUAUUAUAAAACUGACUCUUGAGGGGCACCUGAUGGCUCAGUCAGCUAAGGGUCUGACUUCAGCUCAG